UACGCCUGACGUACACCAGUCUGACCCAUAUAUAUAUAUAAUAAUUUGAUGGUCGUUAUAUAGUAGAAUUAGUUUACCAAGUCCCAUAUGAAAGUGAAAAACAGAAAAAGUAAUGUCUUAUGUACAUUUAUCAGCCCCACAUUGGCACAUUAUUACAUGAAUUACCUUAUCACCUUAAAUAGUUUAUGAUCAUUAGUUUUAUUAUUAAUUUUAUGAUUAGAGGAAAUAGUUGUAUACUUGAAUGCUCAAAUUUUCCGAAAUUCUCUGCAAAAAUAACGCUUCUAUUUAAAUCCAAUAAUUAUAUUACCACUUCCGAUGCGUGCUAAGCGCAUUGUUUACACAAAAAAAAAAUAUUACCACUUCCGACCAAUUCAUCUUAUUCCUAGAUUAAUGGAAAAGAAGUUACGGUAGAUUCUGUAAUGCAACAACAAACUUGCUCACAUGCAUUGAUCUUCACCUAUAAGUAGGCAAACUCAAGGUCUCAUAUGGAGUGAUUAAUUAAACAUAGAAACAACAAUGUGGAUGAGAAAUUAUUUUUUUGUUGCCUUUCUAGUAUUAACCCUAGAAAUUUAUUUGAGCAAGGGGACUCCCUUUUGGUGGGAUCCAGGGUAUGUAAAAACAUAUGUGGUGGUGUGGAAUGAGCUAGAAGGAGGGCAGGAAUUGAAACUUCAUUGCAAAUCCGGAGACGAUGAUCUCGGGCUCCGAGUGCUAAAGCCAGGCAAUGGCUUUAAAUGGAAAUUCCGUCCAAACUUUUGGCACACCACACAAUUCUAUUGUACCAUGCAAUGGGGAGACGGAAAGAUUCAUCGGUUUGACAUCUACAUUUGGAAGAGGGAUUAUGAGCGUUGUGCACAUUGCCAAUGGAUCGUUAAGGAGAGUGGACCAUGUUUUUUUGACCCGGCAGCUCAUGCAUAUGACAUUUGUUAUGGAUGGAAGACAUGAGCCUAAUGAAAAAGGAUAACAUUAGAUUUGGGUUUCAAAAAUAAGUUAUGUAGUUUCUUCGGAUUUUUUUCAAACAUCAAGGCUGUUGUCUUUCUCUCAUUUCAUGUGAGAGAGAAUUUUGGAUCGGGUUUGUAAUAAGUUGGUAAUUUGUUCAAUAUUCUAAACAUUUUGUUUGGUUUUUGUUUUGAUCAACUGUCUUGGUGAUUAUAUAUUACUAGAUAGGCAAUGGCACGAGGUUGGUUUUAUAGUUUUUAUUAUUUAGCCGUGUAUCAUUUUAUUUAAUUGGUAGAAUAAAAAAUCAUUAUAAACAAAAAGAAUAAGUUAUUUAGGGGUUGGAUUGCUAUAUAGACUAACCUUAACAACAUAUAAUUUGAAUUGAUGUAAUGCAAAAUCAUAAAUGAAUAUCAAUCUUUAUUGAUCGUAAUAUAAUAACUACUUUUCUAAAUUAUCAUUGAACCAUAAAUCAAGAAAAUAAUUUAUGAUGGAUUUUGGUCAUUGAUACUAAACCGGCUUUUGGUAUUAAAAUUUUUUUAUGCUAGCAAGUAUGGAUUUUGGUCAUUGAUACUAGACCGCCGUCAAGUAGUCAAUCAUAUUUCAAAACCAAGAAUUCAUCAGGUUUGAUGGCGAAAAUGGUUAACCGAAUUUGAUAGUGAUAUGGUUAUAUUACCAUUUUCGUGGAUCUUGGAUUUGGUUAAUUGAGUAUUUCAAUUCAAUUGAAGAAACCAAACCAAAUUAUAAUGUUGUAGUCAUCUAACGCAUGGCUUAUUCAUUUCCAUAAUAUCUCCAAUCUUCUACUAUAUACUUUGCCAAAAGAUAUCAUAGUAGGUAAACUGGUAAAGUAUUGUGGUAUAGGAAUGACAAUCAAAUCCAUGGCCGCGGGUACCCAACCGCCCUCAUCCAGUUAACGCGGGGAAUUCUCGCAUUGACUGGUAUGGGUAAAACCCGCAAAAUGUUGAUGGGUAUGGGACGGGUAUGGUUUUAGCCUCCCCUACCCCACACCCAUACACAUACCCGCCCCAUCAAGAGCAUUUCUUUACAUAUAAAAAAUACACAGAUUAUAUUAUAAUCUACCAUUGAUAACGAGGGUAACUCGAAAAAUAAAGAAUAGAAAUGCCAUUGAGUGAUCACUCAAAUCAACACUACAUAAUUAUUUUCCUUCUAACUCUUUCACUUUUUCCCUUAUGUUAACAAGAUCAUGCUAGUUAGUUAUUAUUUAAUAGAUGUAUCAAAGGUAGAGAAUAAUGAUUUUGCUUAUAUUGUUUCUCUAUCUUACAGAUUAAUGCAUGGAUGUUUUAGAAUAAGAUGCUUUGAAUCGUAUUAAAAAUGAUUGUCUCUUUGUUGACUUCAUGAUAUAGUAGGUGCGUUUAGUGUAUAAUUGAAAAGUUACCUGUAUAAUUUUAGGUAUUAUAAUGUUGGAUGUACGAGGCGGGUAUUACCCACGGGUACCCGAAACCCACGGAUAUGGGGAUGGGUAUGCAAAAUCUUCCCCGCAUGAGUAUGGGGCGAGUAUGAUUUUGGAUAUUUGAAAGCGAGCAUGGGGAUGGUUUAGACAAACCCGCCCCAUUGCCAUCCCAAUUGUGGUACCAUAGACGAGUAGUGGUGAGGAACCUCAAUUUAUUACAUAAAACAAAUGUGACUUUUCUAAUAGCGUGAAAUAUCAUGGUCAAGAACUUCAUCAUAAAUUAUGAUUAAGAUAUAAAUUAUUUGAUUAUGAGGAUGUAUAAGGUUAAUAAAUAAUUUGAAGUGAUAAUCACUACUAAAUACCCAAAUUCGAGGUAACUUACUAAAUGACCUAAAAAUACUACGGCCAACUGGUCGAGUCCAACCUAGUUUUAGAAGGUAAUCAUCCUCGUCAUAAUAAAAAGUGAGUAAAUCUAUAAUAUGACAUGUCAAAAACAACCUAACAAAAGAUAGGCUUGGUAGUCAGGCAAGAAGGUACCAAGAUGUGUACCAACUAGAGAGCCAUAUAUAAAUUAAGUUUGGAUACCUCGUCAAAACGACCUUGGUAGCCAACCAAGAGGGUACCAAGCCGACAAGAUAGGUUUGAUAUCAAGUUACCAAACCUCUCAAAACCAACCAUAGAGAUCAAACUAGCAGGGUGCCAACCUGAUGAGGAGGUGAUAAGGUGGCCACCUGAGGUGGUUGUGAUUACUGUCAAGACAAGAGUGGAACCUCGACGGUGGAGACUUGUCAGCCAAGGUACCAAGUUGAUGAGGAUUUGGUGUAGAGCCCUUAGGGGGUCAUAUGGAUACUAACUAAGUUGUUAAUAUGGGCACGGUGGCCCCCCAACAGGGUACCAAGCCGACAAGGCGGCAUGGUACCAACUUGAUGAGAUUACAGAAACUAAGUAUGGAGACCAAGUUGUAAGGGUUGGCUUGGUAGCAGGGGGUAUUAAGCCGCCGAGAUGAAAGGUGUCAUGUGAAUCACAUGAGCUUGGCGGCAAGCCGGAAGGUACCAAGCCAAUGAGACGGGCCUGGUAGGAAAUAAUAAGUUGACGAGUAGGACUUGGUGGCAAGUUAGCUAAGCGGUAAGUCGAUAAGAUGAAACCAAGCCCUCCAAUACUAAGCAUGGAGUCUUAGUGGGUAAAGGGGUUAAGUUCUCAUCCAUUCAAGAUGGGUACCAAGUGGCAGAAGUUCAGCAUGGAGGGACCUCUCCCAUACAAUCAAGGUGGUAGCGGUCUCAAGACAACAAGAGCAUGGAGCCAUCGUAGCCAUCAGGGUUGUAAUUCUAGUUUGGUUGUAAAACUAGGUCCCAAUCCCUAAAUAUUUCGGUAUCCCGGUCGGUAUUUCGGUAUCUCAAUCGGUAUUUCGGUAUCCCAAUUGGUAUCAUCGAAUAAAAAAAUAAUUACCAAAUUAAAUAUAUAAAUUAGAUUUGAUUGUUUAAUUUAGGCAAAGAGACUAAGAAAAGAGUCUUGAGUUUGGUUAGAGCUAGAGCUAGGAUAUGGAUAGGGAGAAGAGAGGAGAGGAGAGGUGGCAACUCAAGUUCUUGGUCAUUGGUAAUCUUUAAUUCGACAAAUUGGAGAUUGAGAGAUGACUAAUACUAGAAUUAUAUUUUUUAUGUUAUGAAAAUAACAAGAGAUCAGAUGAGAGACGAGAGUGACUUAAAAUGGAAAGCAAAAAUUGAGUUUGAUUGGGACUUGUGUGAUAUGAUCACAAUUCGGACAGGUUUCAAGUUCCAAUUAAUCGUUCAAAGAUCGAUUCAAGUUAACAAGAACAAAGCUGGAAAUUUUCUAAGUGUUGGAACAGUUUUGGGAACCCCACUUUGGAGGCUUGGUUCUCUCAAUUGGUCUUCUGAAAAUGCAAGGUCAAUGGCUUGUUUUGAAGCUUGUGUGUUUCUCUACAACUUGGAGCACUUGGAUUGUGGAAAGGAAGCCAGGAGGGUUGGAUUUCAAGCUGCUCAAAACCCUAUCCUGCAAUCUGAAAACUGCUUGUUUUUGGCUAAGGCAGGAAAGGUAUUCCAGCUACCUACUUUGGAGCUCAACCAGAGGAGCAGGGAUGGGAAUCGAGUUCAGGGCUUCACACCACAUGAGAGUACGUUUGUUACUCUACAGAGACAGGGAAUUGGCUGAAGUAAAGCUUACCUGGAAGGCUUCCAAUGAAGAGCUUGAAGAUGCUACGAAGCCUGAUUUCCAGCAGCUUGACUGUGCAACAAGGCAGUUUACUUGUGCUUGAAGAAAAGGAAGUUUGGGCCGAUUUGUUACCUUGAUUGAGUUGGAUUUUUGUUUGUUUCUUCCCUUGUUCUCUUAGGAUUGUAAUUAGGUUUAGUUGGCUAUAAAUAUCUCUUGCUUUGAGUUGUAAUUCACGUUUUAAGUUGAUUGAAAUAAACCUAUACUCCGAGGAGUUCCCUUGAGCUUGAUUGCUUGAGUUUGGUCUUGGAUUUUCAUCCCAGACUUGCAGACCUAGAGAUCGACUUCCCAUCAUCGAUCUCGUGGUGUUAUUAUACCCAAAACCAGUCUCUUUCCCUUGUGUUAAAGUUGCUAGUUUGGUUUAUCCCCUUCACCAAAACACCCUAUGUUUUUCCUUCGAAAACAACCAUACCCCACGAUUUGAUUCGAGCUUCGUAAUUCUGAUUAAAGGCCUAGCUUGGGA